AUGUCUGACUACGCCUCUACACCCUCGCGUCCCGGGUCACCUGUUGGGGAGCUCCCUACAUUUACUGCAUCUCGCUCCUACAGGUUCAACUACGAAUCAAGACGACCUGGCCCGGGAAGUGUCUCUGAGACAACAGAAGGAAGAGGAGGAGACUACCUAGGGGCAAGUGCACCGUACGACCUCUUUCACAAUGCGUCGGCGACUUCCCUUGGUUCCCUUCCGCCGGAAUGGAGCAGCACGCGACAUGGUUUUAACGCCAUCUCGACCGUGGUCAACAACCCGCACAAGAAAUCUGCACCCCCCAAGGCGCACUCCGGUCUCCCAGCGGUGCCCCCUGCGGACCUUCCACGCGUCCGCAGGAAGGACUUCGACUCUUACCUCCGCGCCAUCACACCGGAAUGGGAACGCUUCCUCCAAAAUGCGGAACAGGGUCGGGACGGCGCCGCGCGAAUCGACGACGAUACACGGUCAUCAACUGUAGCGACAAUGGAGGUGCCCAUGACGCCGAGGACGCCUCGCCCACCGCCCGGAAAGGCGAUGCCCCCGUUGGAGACCGUGCCAACCGUGUUCUUCGAACGCGAGUUCAACCUAGGAGACCCGCGGACAUUUAACGUGGUGACUGAGCAGGACGACGACGACGAGUACUCGGACCCCUCUUCCCUCGCCCAGUCCCUGCCGCUGCUGGAGAAGCUCUCCCACUAUGCGGACACCAUCGAGCAGCACCUCAUCCGCGAAAUCUCCGUUCGCUCGACCUCGUUCUUCGCCGCCUUAUCGAACCUACAAGACUUGCAGACGGAGUCGGAGCAAUGUUUGGACCGGAUAUCUCAGCUUCGCGGCCUCCUCAAAGACGUCGACGAAAACGGCGCCAAGCGAGGGCUGCAGAUCGUGCGGAAGGAGGUUAAGAUGAGAAAUCUGGGCACGGUGAAGGACAGCGUCCGGUAUGUGGGCAACGUCAUGGAAAUGUCCGGGAUUGCGAGGAGUCUGGUCGGUGCAGGCCAGUGGAGGGAGGCCCUGGACAUGAUCGAGGAGCUCGAGAAGCUUUGGACACUGGAGAAAUCCAAGGCGAUGGAACCAGCACCUCCAAUACCUCCAAAGAACGGCCGCUCGUCACCCCUCCCCACUGUCGAGGAGUCGCCUCCCGCCUCUCCCUCGCCGGCGGCGCCUCCUCCCGCCCCCUCAAUACCACUGUCCUCACUCAAAGCGUUCUCUGCGCUGCCGGAACACCUGCGGACACUCACCAUGGAGAUCACGACAUCACUCACGUCCGAGUUUGUAACCCUCCUUCGACAUGACCUUCUGGAACGUAUAGACACGAACCAGGAUAUGUGGUCCGAAGCACGACGGCAAGAGUUCAACGCUUCGCUCCGGGAUCGUCUUCGGCCGUCGCUCCAGUCAUUGGUGCGCACGAAGGGCAUCCUCGAGGCGACGCUGAAUUGGCGAGACAUUGUCAUGACGGAAGUGCGCGGCGUUAUCAAACGGCGGACACCACUGCUCGAAGCAGAUGAUGACGACGCGGCGCUGUUCCAGUCUCCUGCUGCCACAGAGCUGCGUGCAAUGGAGCAUGGGACAUUCAUCGACCUUAUACGUUCCGUAUAUAAGGGCCUUUUGAACUCCAUUGAAGGCUUGCAUCGACAAGGCGCGAUCAUCAUUGAGGUCAUCCAGAGCAUUCAAUCUCCGAGAGCACCAGUGGAUAUCACUGCACUCCAAGAGGAGCUCUCGGACAUUCUAUCCUCUGCAGCCGAGCUUGCGAACGCACGCGCGUCAAAGGUCAUCAGCAUUCGCGCCGAGCAGCAUACUGCUUUGGACCUUCCAAGUUUCUGCGCCUUGUUCAACGAGUCGUGGGAGUUUGUCGUCAAGUCAGAAACGAUUUGCAGGCGCAUGAUUGUUGGACUUCGAGGCACAAUUGUCAGCCAGGCGAAGACGUUCUUGCAACAUUUCCAUCAAACUCAGCUCAACCUGUGCGCGAAACUGGUGGAAGACGAGCAGUGGAAUGCGGCAGAAGUCGCCCCCUCUGUCCAACGUUCAGUUGACAUCGUCGUUGACGCCUCCAUUUCGACCCUCCCGAACUUCCACUCAACCGCCCUCCCCCAAACACCCUUUCGCCCCUUCCUCCAAACUCCCCGCCACCCACUUCCCCUAAUUUCGCCCUCAACGGCCAACCACGUCCCUCCUGCCCGCCGACGUUCAGCAAACGCCCCAACGAAGCACCUACGUGUCGAGGAUCGGGCCUACUUCGCGGUCGGCGCGACGCUGGACGUACUUGUGCUCCUCGUCGACUACCUCCGUGUGAUCACGAACCUGCCGCUGCUCACGACGGACACGAUGGCGCGGAUCAUCGAGUUGCUCAAGAGCUUCAACUCGCGCACGUGUCAAGUCGUGCUUGGAGCGGGGGCGAUGCGCUCUGCGGGGCUCAAGAACAUCACGGCGAAGCACCUUGCGCUCGCAUCGCAGUCGCUGGCGAUCAUGAUCUCUCUCAUUCCGUAUGUCCGAGAAACGUUCCGUCGUCACCUGAGCCAAAAGCAAGCGGUCAUGCUAAUCGAGUUCGACAAGCUCAAGCGGGAUUACCAAGAGCACCAGAACGAGAUUCACGCGAAGCUGAUUGCGAUCAUGGGCGACCGCCUGACUGCGCACAUUCGUACACUCCAGGCCGUCAAGUGGGAUGUGCCCAAGGAAGGCGUCAACGAGUACAUGGAGGUGCUGAUCAAGGAGACCGUCACUUUGCACAAAGUGCUGUCGCGGUAUCUGCCUGCUUCGGUCGUGGAGUACGUCAUGACCCAGGUGUUUGCUGCCCUCAAUCACCGAUUGUCUGAGGAGUACACCAAAAUCGAGCUGCCGUCGAUGGAAGCGAAGGGGAGGAUGCUCGCGGAUGCUCGUUACCUCCAGGAAAAGCUCACAGGCCUCAAGAACGUCACUGCGCCAACCGCCAUGCUCGAGACCAUCGUCUCUGAGAAGUCCGUCGUCGUCCGCCAACCCGCGCCGGCACCCCAGCAGCCUGCCCAGCCGACAGUCCCUCAGCCGCAAAGCCGGUUCAAGGGCAUGCUCGCCCGCGCCGGCACGCUCAACGGCCGCAAACCGAGCCUGCCCCGCGACGCCCGUCAUCGUCGAGAAGGCGCUCCCGCCCACCUUUGCGCACUCGCCGUCCCCCGGGUUCACGCCGUCCCCGGACCCGCUCUCGCGGCAGGCACACCGGUGCCAGCGGUGGACCCGAUGGGCGACAACGCCCCUCGCCCGCGCCUCCCACCUCAGCCCCAGCACCAGCCCCAGACACAGCCGAGCGUGGCCAUUCCGGAGAAGCCGCUCGUCGCGGAGCCGGAGGGUGGAGACGAGGUGCCGCCGCCGACGCCGCCGAAGGGCUUCGGACCGUCCGCGAACGACGCCCUGCUGCCGCUGCCCGCGCCAGCGGCCAACGGCGACGCGGGUGAGAAGACGGAGGCUGCGCUGCCACCGCCCCCGUGA